ACGACGCUAUCCUGAUUGGAUGUGGCACCUUAGAGAAGAAUGUGUAAAAAAUAAAAUUCCUUGAGAUGAAUGGUACAAGCAUCCCGUAGAUGAUGUAACUCCAACUAUUUGGAAAGAGAUGUGCAACAAAUGGAAUAAUCGCAAGUGGAAGGAAAAGAGUGAUAGAAACAAAAGAAAUCGCAAAGAAAAUCAAGCUAUCAUUGUGACUACAAGUUCUAUACCAAUGGCUAAUCAAGCUGUGGUGCGAAUCACCUUGGUGAUGAACCCCACUGCUCAAAUUGAACAUGAAGCCAGUACCUCCAAAAUUGGUGAAGAUCAACUAUUUUACUUUCAGCAGAGGGGAAUUGAGUAUGAGAAAGCCAUGAUUUCUGGGUUUUGCAGGGACGUUUUCAAUGAGCUUCCUGACGAGUUUGGUUCUGAAGUGAAUCAACUAAUGAGUUUGAAGCUUGAGGGAUCUGUUGGUUAGGUAACAAGUAGGUUUGUGUUGAAAAGCUCGUGUUUGUUGGAGGAUUUUUAGGUCUUUUUGGUCCUGAGGUUUAUGAAUGUAAAAGUCUCGUAUCAUAUCGACCAACUAUUGAUACUACACGAUUGGAGGAACAUCACUACCGUUACUGUGUACAUAAUGUUUCUUGUUAUAAGUUAAAUUGCUUGUUGUACGUAUAAUAAAAUCUUUGGUUAUAUAUUAAGUUGCAAGUCCUUAUAAUCGUUUUUAUGGAUCAUUAA